AUGGUCGAAGGUAGUUUCGCCAGCGCGGGAGUUACAGCUGACAGCACGAAAUUCGGGUAUGUGGUUGGAGCAUUACCGUCGAAAUAUGCAGUUGAAGUCAAAGACAUAAUUAUGACGCCGCCCUCGGACAAUAAGUAUGUCAAAAUUAAAGAUGAAUUAAUAAAACGUCUUAGUGCCUCCCAAGAGGAAAAAACACGUCAACUUCUGGAGCGCGUUGAGAUUGGUGACCGUAAACCGUCAAAAUUUUUACGCCACCUCCAAAACCUGGCUGACUCUUCCGUUCCGGAAACAUUAUUAAAGACACUUUGGAUGGGCCGCCUACCAAAAAACAACAUCGCGCAUGCAUCUGGUCCUUUGCUACCUCAAAUAGCAGAAACAUCGAGAAGUGACACUUUUGAAGCCAUGUUGAAUCUUAAAAUUUCUCAGCUUACCUUGAGUAUAAAUCAGGAAAUUGCGACGUUGAGAAGUGAAGUGGCAGCGAUCAAUACUCGUCACUCGCGUAAUCUGGACUCAAGACCAAGUACUUACCGCUUAAGAUCUCGAUCUCGGAGCCGUACUCUCCAUGGUGCAGAUGGAUUAUGCUGGUAUCAUUGGCGUAAUGGAUCACAAUCGCGAAAAUGCAAGGAACCUUGUACCUAUAAUUCAGGAAAACGUGACGGGUCAUCACUGAUGACGGCCAGUUAG